UAUAACUUAAGAAAGAAACAAUGAAGAAAAAUAUUUUAUUAUUAUAUAAGUUAUAACCUCACUGUUAAUUUGUGAGAUUACUAUCUGUUAACAGUUUAUAAUUAAAAAGAUCUUUAAAAGAGAUGUUGGUCCUCAGUUAAAGUUUAUGAAAGUAUUGUUUAGAUGCUCGAUAAUAUUGCAAAUUUAGAGGAUAUCAAUCUCACAAUUAUAAGCUUAAUGCAAGAAUAUGGUUUCUCCUCUCUUGAUCCAUUUUGAAGAAGUGUAUUGGACUGUUAAAAUAUGAUAGUACAAUAUGCUAAUUAAGCAUUUCACACCUGUUUCUAAUGUUUUCCUAAGAUAUGUAAGGCCUAAUGUUUUUCUAAUGUACCGUACUUCAUAUCAAUACAACAAGCAUAUUCACAUCAUUGACUUUGAUUUUUAACAGUCCAAUUUAUUUCAAUAUCAAACAACAAGCAUAUUCACACCAUUGACUUUGAUUUUUCAAAUUAAAAUAAACUAUACUAUCACGUCUUUUGCUUUGAUUCAUUGCCUCUCCAUAAACCAAACUUUUCCAGAUCCCAUACAGCGCAAUCAAGUCUUAAGAAUACCUUUCUGGAUGUUGUAUCCCAUCCUAUCACCAAAUUAGGAUGAAGGAUAUUAGGUAUUAUGAAGAAUCUCAUAAUCCUACAUGGAGGUAAGAUUGGAUGACAAUGUAUAUCAAACUCCAUUGUAAGUUGAUGUGGGGUUUAUAAUUUAAGAAAGAAAAAAUGAGGAAAACUAUUUUUUUAUCACAUAACCUCAGUGUUAACUAGUGAGAUUAUUAUCUGUUAACAAUUAAAAAAAAAACAAUUUCUAAAAAAUGUUGGUUGUGGUUUAAAGUUUAUGAAAUUAUUGUUUAUACGCUAAAUAAAUUUAUAAAAUUAGAAUCAUAAGUAUAAUCUUAAAGCAAGAAGGGUUUCACCUCCCUUAAUUAGACCCAUUUUGAAGAAGUCUAUUGGACUGUUAAGAUAUGAUAGUAUAUUCUAAGCAUAUCAGACCUAUAUUCUAAGGUAUGAGACCUAAUCUAUGUAUAAAUAUAUCUGGUUAGAGUGUAAAGUACUUCAAUAUCAGUACAAAAAGUAUAUUCACAUCAUUGACUUUAUUUUUCAACUUAAAAUAAACUAUGCUAGCACGUUGAUUUUUGCUCUGGUUCAUUGCCUCUCCAUAAACCAAACCUUUCCAGAUCCCAUAUAUAUCCAACCCCUUCACUAAACUAGGAUGGUGAAUAUUACUAUAUUAGGCAUUAAGAAGAAUCAGAGCAACCCUUCAUUGAGGUAUAUUGGACAAUACCAGAUGAUGAUAAUAGACCCACCACGAAAAACGAAAUUAGGAAAUCACAAGGUAUACAUUAGUGUGUAAAGGCCAAACCCAUGGCAAAUAUCCAAUUGUAGAAAAUAGUGAUUUAUGACUUUUUCAUGUGUUAAUACUCCUAUGUCACAACGUAUACAUAAUUGUGUUAAGGCCAAACCCAUGGCCAAUAUCAUAACAUUGAUCACCAUGUGAUGUUGAUUUGUAUAAAAUAGUGAUUUAUAUGACGUCUCAUGUUCAAUACUCCUCAUGCAACCAAAAGAAAAAUGUUUUAGAAAUUGCAUUCUAAACUUUAUAUUUAAGUUUAUUAAUUAACAGUGUUUGACAAAAAAAAUAACAAUAGUUAACAGUGAAAUAUUUUAUUAAAUUUUUAUUAAAAAAAAUAUUAGCUAUAGAAAAUAGUGGAUUUAUAAGUUCCACUUGUAUUUUUAAUAUGGUGAAAAGCCGGGGAAAAAAAAUUAAUUUGAAAUGGAUAGGUAGGGUAGUACUAACUAUCCAAGUGUACAUUCACCCAAGGAAUCAAUAAUUGAUAAAGAGAAGUGGGAAAAGAAAAGAGAGAUAAUUAGUCACCUUCACUAAUUAUACAAAAUAAACUUUCAUUCGGAUCAAUAGUUGUAUUAUAUCGUGUUUGAAUCUUGUAAAAUACUUAUGAUAUCAAUAUAUAUUCUGAUUUUGUCGAAAAAAUAAACUUUCAUCAAUCAAUCAUCAUAUGUAUGCAUUAGAUAGCAUAUAAAUUGCAUGUGGUCCAGAAUAUCGAUUAUCAUUUUCCAUACGUGGCAUAGUAGACCCCACGCUAACAAAAGCCUAUAAGUUAUUACACACCCCACCACCAAACACCAAUCACACUUGUUCUUGUCCAUUUUUUCAAAACUCAAAAACUUUUUUUUUUCUCUCGUUUUAGAAUUUUACGUUAAAUAAAAGAUUAAAUUUUUUUCUAAUUUGUUGUUUUGGAGAUUCCUCCUUUCUUGGGAAAUGGAGAACCAACCUUUAAUCAGUCCUCAAUCACGUUACCCCCUCCACCCCAUCCCGGAAAACCCCUCCUCCUCCUUCUCCGCCGUCUCCGCCGCCGCCACCGCCGUCACAAUCCCUCACUCAAUCUCAACCACAUCUUUCUUCCAAGAAAACAUCCCCCACGACCUCGAAAAAUCCGAACUCGACGACUCCUACUUCAACAACCCUCGUCCACUCCACCGAUGCCGCACGGCACCAGCCAUGGUCAUCAUCAAAGACCUCACACCCAACAAAUCCUCCUCCUCAGAGCCCAAGAAGCCUUCCCCAAUCUCCAAAUCAAUCAUCAAACAAGCCAUCUUCCUCCUCGUCGUCUACCUAACCUUAGGCGUCUCAAUCUACUCCUUCAACAGAGACCACUACUCCGGCGUCGAGACCCACCCCGUCGUCGACGCGCUCUACUUCUGCAUCGUCACCAUGUGCACGAUCGGCUACGGAGACAUCGCCCCGUUGACUCCCUGGACCAAGAUCUUCGCCGUAGUCUUCGUCUUGUUCGGGUUCGGUUUCUUGGAUAUUUUAUUAAGCGGUGUCGUCAACUAUGUUCUUGAUCUCCAAGAGAGUAUGAUCCUCACCGGAAUCCAAAUGGGCUCCUCGAGAGGGCAGCACCAUAGAUUCUCUGCUAAAGACUAUAUAAUUGAUUUCGAGAAAGGGAGGAUGAGGAUAAGGAUGAAAGUGUUUUUAGCGCUGUGCGUCGUCGUUUUGUGUAUCGGAGUUGGCGCGCUGGUUUUGCAUUUCGUCGAGGGGCUUGAUUUAGUUGAUUCGGUAUACUUGUCGGUUAUGUCGGUCACCACGGUCGGGUACGGUGACAGGGCGUUUAAGACGCUUGAAGGGCGGCUUUUCGCGGCGGCGUGGCUGUUAGUGUCGACGCUCGCGGUGGCGCGUGCUUUUAUUUAUCUGGCGGAGGCGAGGAUUGAUCGUAGGCAUCGGAGGGCUGUGAAAUUCGCGUUGAAUAGAGAGAUUACUGUCGAGGAUUUGCUAGCUGCUGAUACUUAUCAACAUGGUUUCAUCAGUAAAUCAGAGUAUAUUGUGUUGAAGCUUAAGGAAAUGGGGAAGGUCAGUGAUAAAGACAUUAACCAAGUUGUGAAUCAGUUUGAUAAACUUGAUCCUAAUAACUUGGGGAAAAUCACAUUACCUGAUCUUUUGGGAGGUCCUUUGUGAUAUAAAACAUACUUUGUUUUUCCUUCUUGUACAAUUAUAUUUUUCAUUUUUUUUAAAGAAGAACUGGACAUAUGUAGCAGCACUGAUUCAUACAAAGAGUUAUGUCUCAGUUCAUUAGAGAUAAUGUAAAUGUGUAUUUUUUUAUGCUUUGUACAAAUAGAUAGUUCUCCCAAAAAAACAAUAUAUAUUUCAAAUAAUUAGCCUGUUCUUUUGGAUGACAUUCACCAUGAGUUUGGUACUUUGGUACGAUAUAAAACAGAUGUAUCAAGGGGUCUCAUAUAUAUCAAUAAUAAAAAGGAGUCUUAUGGUUAUGGAGAUCUUAAUCUUUGUCACUGGUGAGAUCAUUGGGUGGAAAAGGAAGCUCCAAAGUUGCGGCUUUUUGUCUCUUGAUUAAGUAGAAAGGUUGGUUGACCAAGUCUCACAUCCUAAUUCAUGCACAAAAACUUUAGCACAAAAAUAGUUAUUAAACAAUAACAUUUAAUUUAUAAUAUUUUCAUAAUUCCAGUCUUAUCCUCUUUUUUAAAAAUCAAACAUACUAUCAAUUUAUCAUUCAAAUGAAAAAAAAAGCAAGUUGAGAGUUGUUAAAUGACACUAGUCCCUUACAAUGACUAUAGAUAAAACACAAUAUGUUAUCUGUAUUAUUGAUAGGUAUGGGUUAAGUUUCUAGGAUAUAUAGUAGAUUAUGACUUAAUGUAUGAUGAAUUAAAAAAUUAAGUAUAUUUGGGUGAUAUUAAACAAAAAUGAUUUUCCCUCAGAAAAAUUAGAACUUUGGGUCCGAUUAGUAAUGUCUGUAACUUUAAAAAAUUUGAUAUAGAAAAAAAUAUGUAGAUUUUUUGUUGUGAUUUUAGAUUUUGUGGCUUUAGAAUUUUAUGGAAAGUUUUAAAAAAUUGCUUUGGAUUUUUAGCUUUACAGAGCACUUGUACAACUGUAGGUUAUUUCAAGAGCUGUGAUUUUGAAAUUUUUAUUAAAACUUGAUUGAUGUGAAUUUAGUGCUGUAAAAAUAAAUGAAGCUGUGGAAAACACCUACAGCAAUUAUCAAUCACCCAAAUUAACUUGAAAAAAUAGAAUCUGAAUACAAAAUUGGUGUUAGUCACACAGGCGCAUGAAAAUAAUAAUUAAUAAAUAUUUUAUUCACAAUUAAGUGUUAUAAUCACAAUUAACAACCUAAAUGUGUUUUUAAUUAGCUUACCAGUGAUUGAUUGCUCUAGCUUUGAAUAAAUAGAUAAACACGACUAUUACUUUUUCGUUUCGAUCAUAGAUUUCAUGUUGGAGACAAUAUUUCUGUUUUCGUACGUCUCGUAUCAUCGUAUGGACCGACAAUAAAGAAUCACAUAAAGUUAUAGCAAAAGGGUAAUGUAAAUGGGAUCCACAUCUAUGUAUCCAUUUACUUUGAAUGGAUCAAACGUAUGAUCUUUUUGUUUUUUCAAAUCAUUUAGUUAGCACUGUCGUUGUUUGUUGAGGAUUGCUUGUAGUUUCGUGUUGUACUAACUAGAGAAUACGUGUAUUGCCGUAUCUGUGACAAGAAUAUACGUGUAGUGCCGAAUUUGUGACAUGUAAAUAGAUCUCUGUUUUCAAUUGAUUUACACUUAUUACAAGUCAACCAUUACAUAAUAAAAUAGAUUUUAUAGUACUAUCUGUUGUCUAUUUCUAAGUUUUUAAAUGUUAUAUAUCUAACUGGAAAUUUUGAUAGAUGGAAUCUAUAAUAGUUGAUGCGUUCAAUCAACCGCUGCUUACUCACUACUCGUCAUUGUUCUUAAAAAAAAAAUGGCGAUGAUAACAUGGACCGAUAUAACCAAAGAAAAGAAGUUCACAUUUAUCAAAUCUGGUAAUAGGAUAUCAAAGCUGCUAACACAUUAUCAAAUACUAUUAUAUGCUAAUUGAUGUCAAUUAUCAAAUCCCCUCUAGUGCCGGUAGAGAAAAGCCAACAUCAGUCCACAAAACUUUCCUCAAGACCAACAACUAUUCGACAAUCUACAACUUGCUUCAAAUCUUUGAAUUUUGGAGUCUAAAGGAACAAAGUCGCAGAUACUAACCAAGGAGGAGUUGGCCUAUUGGUUUAAAACUGUUGGAUCAUCUAACAGAAGUCUAAGAGGUCGUAGAUUCUUCCUAGUAAAAAAAAAAGAGUUACUCAAGAACACAUGUACCAGUCACACAUAGCUAGAGGCAGAGCAUCAUGGUUGCAGACAGAACCAACUAUUAUUGGAUGCCUCUCAUGUUUGAGCUUCUUCGCUCUUUUAGCUUGAAGUUUCACACUAUUAGUGAAACUAAACUUAGUCAAAUUGACUAGAGUAGAAUGCUUAUCUUAGUUAUUGUAGAAUCAGAACAACAAAACUACAUAAACUAAAAUCCAAACGAAGUAGUAAUGCAAGCAUCUCCAUGUUCAGGAUCUUAACAACAUUUUAAUGUCAUCAUUAAUAGAACAAUAGUAAACAAACCAGUAAAAAAAAAA